UUUGGUGGCGGUAAUGCACCAACCGUCAACAAAACACAGUAGAAGACUUUGAAGUGGGCGGGGCCUGUGAGCUCCGUUAGCGCUCGGGGCUAACUUUGGAGCUAGACAUGCCCGGAAAAUGCAAGUUCCAGAAUGCGUGGCUGGAGAAGGACAUUUACCGGGACUGGCUGAUGCGGGAUGUGCAUGAUAUUCAUUCCGCCAGAUGUCGAGCCUGUUGUAAAUUCAUCAAACUCCAGACGAUGGGCGAGGCUGCGCUCACUUCUCACGCGGGCGGAGCAGGGCACAAAGCCGCGGUCUGCAAACUGAUGGAAGCAGAGGCCAUGUACAGGUCCCAGGUUGGAAUGUCUCCCGGAGAUGAAGGCAGCACCCCACCUUGUCUGCCAUGUGAAAGUAAUAUCCUCUCAAUAAACACAACUGGACAGGUAAAUGGCUGCAUGUCUCAGGUUAAAGGACCAUUUUGGCCAGAGGAAGAAAAACAGAAGCUUGGACUUCCACAGCCUGAAGAAGUUAAAGAUCCUCCUCCAGAGUCUCUUGAGUGGUCGGACAACAAGAACUCCAUUUCCCAGAAUCCUGAGUUACAAGACCCUGGUUUCACAGCAACCUUCAUCACAGCCACAGGCUGUCCCACAAAGCGGCCCUGUCGGCGUGGACGUCCCCCCUCUAAGCCUGAGCCUUCAGACGUGGGCAUGGCCGCUGGCCUGAGCCCUCUGGAGCAGCAGAGGAACAUGGCUCUGCUGGAGUGGGAGGGCCGCAUGAGGAGCCUGUCCCAGGAGCAUGAGCUUUUGGCAGAGAAGCGACGAGCCACCCGACAGAAGGAGCGUGCCUACAGACUCAAGAAGAGGUACUACAGAGCCAAGCUGAGGAGGCUGGGAGAGGAGGUGCCCUCCUCCUCCGACAGUGAGGGGGAUGAGGAGCAGAGGCUGGGCAUCACCACGGCACAUAGGGGUCUUUUAUAGGAGAAAGACAAUUUUAAAAUGUAAAUAAUUUUUUUUUUUUUUUUAUAUUUGCACAAAUGUUCAUCCAUCCAUUUUCAUCUGCUUUAUCUGGAACCGGGUCAUGGAGGCUGUAGUCUCAGCAGGGACUCCCAGAUUUUACACACAAUUCAUCCAGCUCUUCUGAGGGAAAUGUCAUUAACGGAAAAACAUUCCUCCACAACAUUUUCAAAUAGGUCAUGUCAGUUCAGUAUUUGUUUGUUCAAUAUAUGGUGUAACCAUACAAUCAACAAUUAAACUAUGAAGCAGGAUCUCCUUCUGUAAAGCUUAAAACAACUGAUCAAACAUCUCCUGAAAGAAAGAUCGUUUUAUGUGGACUCACAAGCCAUUGUUUGGCCUAAAAGAAAAAAUAGGAGGUUGUUUAGUACCAGAAAGUAUCAGAUUAAUCUGGAAAAACUUGUUUACAAAGCAGUUUACUCAACGCUCACUUUUGCACACAAAAUCAUGUAAUUAUUAAAACCAACAAGAAGCACCAUUCGUGGUGAAUAUGGUAUAGGAAAAGUAUUCUCUGUUGUCUUUUCUGCAUAAAUCACAUUUGGAAAAAAAUACCAUCUUAACUCUUGUGCCUUGUUAAGGGAAAUUUGUGUAUGUGAAUGUAUAUUUAUUGUGGUAACUUUGGCUGUGGUUGUUCAAUUGCCAUGAAAGAAGUUUUGUAGACAGCAUUCUGUGUCUAUUCACAUCAGCAGUGGUAUAUCAGUCUAAAACAGCAUAUUUGUAAACAAGGCAAUACAAACAAUUAUUUUGGGUUCCUUGAGAAAGACAGAAAAAAUAAAAAAAAUCCUGAGGAUAAGCAUUAAUUUUAAAGCUAAAGGUUCACAUUGUAUCUUUUAACCCACAUUAUGGUGAAUUUCAUAGUUGUAGAUGUAGUGCAAUAGAGGGAAGCAAAUAUGCCUUGUCAAAAGAUAGGAAAAAAAAGAGAACUCUCAUUAUUCAUAAUUUAAAAAAAAUAAAGAUUUCAAGCCACAAUGACAAGAAAUAUAAGAAACAAGGUGAAAUGCAAAAACAAAAAAUGCACCAAAGUCUUACCACUAAUUUUCCAGACUGAUUUGUCAUUCACACUGAUCAUGAUGGUAGUUAAAAAAAAAUCCUAUUAUUUGUUUGGUAUGUGACAAAAAACUUGCAUCUAAGGGGUUACUAAAUUAUAAUGAUUUAUGAUCCCAGUAUGUCAUUUUAAAGAGAACCCCUUCAUGAAAAAAAAAGUUGAUGUUGAAAAUUUGAUGUUGAAAUACACAAUUUGUAUGAAACACUCCCAGUGUAUGCACUUUUUCAACAAGGCACAAGGGUUAAAUAAAAUAAGAAGUGCUUGAAUGAGUAUUGUUUAUUGUGAUUUGAUUAUAUGUUCACUGUGUUAACAAAAAAGAAAUAGUUGCAAAAUGUAUUUUAUUUGUACAGUGCAGUUGCCUGGCAAAUCCAGAAUGAUAUAUCUCUGUAUUUUUCUCUCUGGUCCCCACACCCUCAGUUGCCUCUCAAGCCCCAUCAAACAGGAUCGUGUAAUCAGAUUUGUUUGUUUUUUUUCUGUGACACAUGUGAAACAAAGGAGCUCAUUGGUCAUGUAUGAUUUAUAAAUCAAAUUCACCUCAGAUUAACAGAGUUCAGUGCUUCGACCAUAGAUUCUGCAGAAGUCUGAGAUAUUUUUUUCCUUUAUUUUUCCGAUACAGUGGAGCAUGCACGUCCCUAUUGGCUAAUCCACUUGUCAAUCACACCCAUUUAAAAAGAGGAGAUUCACUGUAGAUCACACUAUCAUCUUCAUAAAGUAUUGAAGAAAUGUGUAUUCUGGAUCCCAGGCAAGCUGUGCAGUAUUCAUUUCAUUCAUUUAUUUGACACAACAAUGUCACAUAAUGCUAGUACAGGCACAUAAUGGAAGAGGUAUCAGAUUGUAGUACCAGCAUAUUUAUCCAACAAAUAUAUACCAACAUAUUUUUAACUGCUAAUUAACGUACGCAAGCAGAGUAGAGCAGAGACAACACUAAGUUAAUUUCAAACUAUUAUGUAUUGGAAACUCUUUGAAGUGAUUCUGUCUAAGCAAUUUUAAAUGACCUUUAUCACCUUUAAUGACGUUUAAUAGAAAAUGAACUAAGGCAACAACUGACAGAAAGUGUAAUAAAAGUUGCCUGAAGGACAUGUGGGUGAAGGUGCAUCCUAGAGGUCUGUGGGGUAAGGUCCUCUGGGUGGAGAUCGGAGGUGGAGGCAGAAUUAUGCUUCAAUUUGCAUAAUGGAAAUGUUUUUGUUUUGUUUUUUUGUGCUCUUCUCAUUUCUUAAGUGGUACUUCUCUGAUGAAGUUUGAAUGUAUGAAAGUGGACCAGAAGAUUAAAUUUUAAAGUAUUGGUGAAUAUG